GCUGUGAUAUUUGAUACCAUGUCGGCCACCGUAGAAGAGGAUAAACAUCCAUGAUUACGUUGGGAGUGCCCGGUGGUUUUCUACAUCAUUUGUAGCUAGAAAGAUUGUUAAUCAUCAAUUCCGACGACUUUGAUAGAGGCAUCCUAUCCCAAUAGAGGAAGAUGAGGCUGAAAGAGAUCCAGAGGACAGCUCAUCCAGCAUGGAGUCCUGCCCCCCACCACCCUAUCUGCCUGGCUUUAGGCACGUCAGCUCAGCAGCUGGAUGCGUCGUUCAACACCACUGCCGCCUUGGAAAUAUUCCAGGUGGAUUUUGCCGAUCCUUCRCUGGACAUGAAACUCAAGGGGUCCCUACCUACUUCUAACAGGCUGCAUAGUCUGGUGUGGGUAAACUUUGGAGCAGGAGAAGACGGUUUGGGAGGGAGACUGAUUGGAGGCAGUGAUAAUGGCACGGUAACGGUGUAUAGCCCAGAAGCCAUCGUAACAUCAGGGGAAGAGGCAAUAAUAGGACAGUCUGACAAACACACUGGGCCUGUCAGAGCACUAGACUUCAACCCCUUUCAGAGUAAUCUGUUGGCGUCAGGGGCAAACGAUUCAGAGAUCUACAUCUGGGAUCUGAACAAUUUCAGCAAUCCAAUGACACCUGGGACAAAGUCACAGCUUUGUGAGCCUCCUGAAGAUAUCAGUGUAGUGUCGUGGAACAGACAGGUCCAACACAUCCUGGCCUCUGCAAACCCCAGUGGGAAAGCAGUGGUCUGGGACCUGAGGAAGAACGAGCCCAUCAUCAAGAUUAGUGACCACAGCAACCGGAUGCACUGUUCAGGGAUGCUCUGGCACCCUGAGGUGGCCACACAGUUGGUCCUGGCCUCAGAAGAUGACCGCAUGCCAGUCAUUCAGAUGUGGGACCUGCGCUUUGCCACGUCCCCUCUCAAAGUUCUGGAGAACCACACAAGGGGACUUCUGUCCAUAGCGUGGAGCCAAGCAGACCCAGAGCUGUUGCUCAGUAGUGCUAAAGACAACAGGAUCCUCUGCUGGAACCCAAACACUGGAGAGGUGAUCUAUGAAUUACCAACCACCAACCAGUGGUGCUUUGACAUCCAGUGGUGUCCCAGGAACCCAGCGCUGCUGUCUGCGGCCUCGUUUGACGGGUGGAUCAGUGUUUACAGCGUGAUGGGAGGAAGCCUGGAGGCCCAGCAGCAGAGCAGGGCUGAUCAG